AUCCUCCACUUCGGAGGGAGGUAGCAAAACCGAGCGUAGGCCAAGGUGUCACGACUAAGUGCACAACAUUUGACAGUAGGUGCUGCGUAGUGCUGCCACGGUAAGAAGUAAACAUGUCGAAGGAUAUACCGCACCUCAGGGCAACUGCAACCUCUAAGCAGCUGAUUGUUAAUGGCGAGCCGUUCCUUGUACUUGGAGCCGAGCUACAAAACUCGUCCCUGACCUCUGCGGCAUACAUGCGUGGAGUCUGGGGCAAGCUGAAAGAUGCACAUAUCAAUACCGUCCUGGGUUGCGUAACGUGGGAGCACAUUGAACCCGAAGAAGGAAAGUUUGACUUUGCAGAGCUUGACCAGAUUGUCACAGAUGCGAGGGCCCAUGGAUUACGCUUGGUGUUGCUAUGGUUCGGCAGCUUCAAAAAUGGUUUGUCGACUUACGCUCCGUCUUGGGUCAAGACUAACAGCAAGCGCUUUCCUCGUGCCAAACUUCGGAAAGCUGGUGGUGAGCUAGCUAUUGCGGACGUCGUUUCAAUAUUCCACUCUGAAGCGCAGCAAUGCGACGCAAGGGCUUUUAGCAAGCUGAUGGCGCACUUGAAGCACAUUGACGAGGGCCACUUCACUGUUAUCAUGGUGCAAGUGGAGAACGAGUGCGGUUUGCUCGGAGAUUCGCGAGACGGCAGUCAGGCUGCGGAGCGUUGCUUCAAUCAACCCGUUCCUGCCGAACUUAUGGACAGUUUGCACGAACGGUGGGACAAGCUUCGACCUGAACUGCGGCAGAAUCUCACGAAUUUCAGGCAACGUCAAGCAUCGAAUCAGAGUUGGGCAGAAGUCUUCGGCAAAAGCCCGCAAACCGACGAGAUUUUUAUGGCAUACCACUACGCGAAGUACAUUGAAGGUGUAGCAAGCGCUGGCAAGGCAGUGUACGAACUCCCACUGUAUCACAAUGUAUGGCUACCUGCAGGAGGCGAUGAUGCCGAUCCCAGCAUGCCAGUGGUAGCUGGAGGCGGUCAGCGUCCGGGCGAGUAUCCCAGCGGUGGUGGCACCCCUAAUGUAAUCGACAUCUGGCAGAUAUCCGCUCCGACUCUCGAAUUUAUAGCACCUGACAUCUACGUGGCGGACUACAUCACCAUGUGUACAAAGUACAGGCACAGGAAUCAGGCGCUCUUCAUCCCAGAGCAACGGCGAGACGAGUACGGUGCGAGGCGCAUCUGGGCAUCCAUUGGUUGCUAUGAAGCCAUCGGCACCUCACCUUUCGGCAUCGACACGGUUGACCUCGCCGACAACUCGUUUGUGCGUCACUAUAAGCUUCUUUCGCAAGUCUCGUCCCAUGUUCUACAGGCACAGCGUGAACACCAGUGCUUUGGCUUCUUUUUUGACGAGCUGCGUCCGGAUGGCACCGACCCCUCGCCAGCCAAAAUGAUCUCCUUCGGAUCGUGGAACCUGGUCAUCGAACGGUCUUUUGUGUUUGGUCGUCCUAGUGCAGGCUCCGGCAUGGUCAUUCACAAGGGUGAUGAUCGCUUCUUGCUGCUCGGGUGGGGCUACCAAGUCUCGUACACACAUCGAAGUGCUCCUUUCACUGGUUUGUUGCGGUUUGACGAGCUCGAGUAUGAUUCAAGCAGUAAGAAACUGCAGAAACUCAGGGAGUUAAACGGAGACGAGACUCGAAGCGGGAAGAGCACCGUCAUGCCGAGUGAGAGUCCGGACUACGGCGGGUUCCCGAUUGCUAUCACUAUUCCAGCGCGAACUGCUAUUGCGAUGGUCGAGGUAUAUGCACUGGAAGAUGAGCAGGACUGACCAAUUGCGAGUACUAGCGCUGCGAAUAAGUUGUGACCAUAGCCAAGAAAGUUUGUGGAAACCGGACAUGCCAAGACGACUAUUGGUUGUGUUCAGACGAGCACUCGUCGCAAUGCCUCUAAAGUCGUUAAGCCCAGACUUGCCCAUCUAAAGCCUGUGCAGUGUCUCAAGCGGAGAGUGUUUCCUCAGUAUCUGGUCGUGUUUGUGGGAAGACGGAGGUGGAGAUGGGUGCGC